AAAUGGAUUAAUUUUAGACAUGUGAAGGCAAGCUAUUAUAUAUUACAUACAAUUUAUAUAAAUCUAAUCGUAUUGGAAUAGAGUAAAAAAGUGAAAUAAAAGGUAAGACAGAUAAAUAAUUGAUAGAUAUGUUAAUAGCAAAGGAUUUUAGAAUAUAAUAAGUAAUGAAUGAAAUCAACAAUGAGACUAAUAUACAGAAAAUCGAAAGAAUGUUAGAAAAUAUCAAUGUAUGACUUUUAUUGAAGUUUAGCCAGAAGAACACAGCCCAAGAGAUAUUGAUGAUAAUUUAAGUCAUACUUAUAAGUAAAAAAGACCAAAGCUCUUUAAAUUCUAAAAAUCCAAUUUCUCGAAGUUUAUAGAAGCAAAAGCAAAUGAAGAUACUGAUACUUUCUCUUCCAAUAAGCAAUUAGAAUUUAGACAAAGGUUAUAUUCAUUAGCAGCUGAUUCUUGUUGA